CCAAGCCACUCGUAGAUUCAGCAAACRAGAUGGCGGACGUGUAGGACCGACUAGAAGUGAAAAACUCUAGAAAUACUUUGAAUAUAUAAAGAUAUAAAGGAAAAAAACGAAAGUAACUAUACGUACGAUACCAAGAGCAAUAUGGCAAAGACAAGUAAACGCAGCAGUGCCAAGGAGGCUCCCAAAACGCGCGCCAGUUCUAACAGCAGCAUGAAUCCAGAUCGUCCUAAGCCAAGCCCUAACUCCAACAUGAGAGACAAAAGUACAAUAAUGAGAAUUAAGAUGUACAAGUCGGGGGGCAAGGCUAUCAGGAAUUCUGGUGGUAAAAUAGUUAAACCAGCUCCUUUCCAAACAAAAGCCAUUUCAGGAGAAGUAGCAAGGGUAGCACCAAACAGGAAAUGGUUUGGGAAUACAAGGGUUAUUACACAGAAUGCACUGCAGAAAUUCCAGGAUGAAAUGGGAAGAGUAAUCCAGGAUCCUUACAAGGUUGUAAUGCGUAACACCAAGCUUCCUCUAUCAUUACUGGAUGAAAGAGCGAAGACAUCACGAGUCCAUAUUCUGGAUACUGAGACUUUUGAUUCUACAUUUGGACCCAAAGCUCAGCGUAAAAGACCCAAUGUAAAAGCAUCUGAUAUACAGAGUCUGGCACAAGCAGCUACCAGUCAAUUAGAAAAAUAUUCUCAUGAAAAUGAUAAGGACCUUGUAAAAGAAGAUGAUGGAGAGAAGGCAAAAGCCAAGGAAUCUAUUUAUGCAAAAGGACAAUCAAAAAGAAUAUGGAAUGAGCUUUAUAAGGUUAUUGAUUCUUCAGAUGUUGUUCUUCAGGUACUGGACGCAAGAGAUCCUAUGGGAACAAGAUCUAAACACAUUGAAAAAUUCAUGAAGAAAGAAAAAACCCACAAACAAUUGGUCUUCAUUCUAAACAAAUGUGAUCUGGUGCCAACGUGGGUUACGCAACGUUGGGUAACGAUACUAUCAACAGAGUAUCCAACUCUAGCAUUCCAUGCAAGUGUAACCAAUCCCUUUGGUAAAGGUGCUCUCAUUAAUAUCUUGAGACAGUUCUCAAAGCUUCACAGUGACAAGAAGCAAAUAAGUGUUGGUCUGAUUGGCUAUCCAAAUGUUGGUAAAAGCUCAAUAAUUAACACACUACGAGCCAAGAAAGUUUGCAAAGUAGCGCCAAUUGCGGGAGAGACCAAGGUUUGGCAGUACAUCACACUAAUGCGUCGUAUAUUCCUGGUUGAUUGCCCUGGUGUGGUUUAUCCUAAUGAUGAUACGGAGACAGACAUCAUCCUAAAGGGCGUGGUUCGCGUAGAAAACGUGAAAGAGGCCGCAGAACAUAUCCCUGAAGUACUGGCUCGAGUCAAACGCGAGUACAUCAGCAAGUCGUACAAGAUAAACACUUGGAAUGAUGCCACAGACUUUCUUGAACAGCUGGCGAGAAGAACCGGGAAGCUGCUGAAGGGAGGAGAGCCCGAUGUAAAUACUGUAGCGAAGAUGAUCCUGAAUGACUUUCAAAGAGGAAAAAUACCAUACUUUGUUGCACCACCCAAACAGGAAGGAGACGACACAAACCCUCGUCCUGUUAAAGAAAAGAAGACAAAACAAAAGGAAUUGCAAAUCCCUCCACUGUCGAGUAGUUUUGUCAAGUCUACUGGUCAAGAACAUACAGAUAAGACGGCUGAAGACCUUAAUAAAGAUGCAAGUGAACCUGACAUGACAAACCAAAAUAGUACUGAAACUACAGAGAGUACAGACGAAGUGAAGCAAGACGAAAAUGAAAACAAUAACAACACAAAAGGAAUUGAACAAGGCAAAACCGGCUCGUUCCGCGUGAAGCAAGAUUUUAGUACGAUCUGUGUUGCUCCCGAGUUUGAAGGCGAAGACGUUAAACCACUCGAUGACAACGGCAGUAAUGAUGAUGAUGAUGGUGGUGAUGAUGAUGAGGCUGACGAUGAUGAUGAGGCUGACGAUGAUGAGGAGGCUGACGAUGAUGAGGAGGAGGUAGAUAUGGAGGGCGAGGAGGAUGGUGGUGAUGGCAUUGAAGACAAAGAUAUUAAUGAAGAUGUUAACAAAAAGAUUGAAGAUGAUGCUGAUGAUGUUGGUGGUGAUAGUUUCGAUGGCAAUGAUGCUCAUAAUAAUAAAGAUAAUAUUAACAAUACUAUUGGCCAUAAUGAUGCCGAUGACGUCAGCGACAACACAGAUAAUAUCCUCAUGACAACGAAAACUAAAGACGCAAAGAAAAAACCUGAGGAGAAAAAGGAACCAAAAGAAAGUGUGUCAGUAAUAGACAUGACUACUGGACAAGUACAUUCAAGCAAGGAGUACUUUGAUGUUGGUGAAUGGGAAGAACUGAAGGAGGCUAUGGAACAACAAGAUGACAUCGAUAGUUCUCCAGACGAGGCCGAAAGCGACGAAGAAAGCGAAGAUAACACCAAGGAUUCCUAUCAGAAAACAGAAGCGGAGACAACACCUCGUCCUGUGAAUAGUAAAUACUGGACAACACCGUCCAAGAAGARGUAUUCUGUAUCCAUGAGCCCGUUUGUUGCCUGCGUCGAGGCGUUAGAAGAGGAAGAAGACAUUAACCCUUCGGAAGUGGAAUCUCCUAAGAAAAGAGAACAUAUUACGAAUACAAAGAAAACUAAAGGGUCAAGUCAGGUUCCGAGUAAAGGAAAAACUAGAAAAAGAAGAGGAGAAGAGUCUAAGGAAGAGGAAAAAGAGGAAUCUCCUAAGAUAAAGAAAACCCGUAUGACAACCAAUAAGAAACGAGUUGGUGUUCACUACUACGAUACU